AUGGAAAAUGCCAAACCUGUUUCAACACCAUUAUCUCAUCAUUUCAGACUUUCAAAGGAGCAAUCAUCAAAAAUAGAAAGAGAAAGAUCUGAUAUGGAUUGCGUACCAUAUGCAAAUGCUGUUGGCAGCUUAAUGUAUUCCAUGGUCUGUACCAGACCUGACAUUGGGUAUGCAAUGAGCAUGGUUAGUAGAUUUUUUACAGAUCCUAGGCAGAAACAUUGGUUUGCUCUUAAAUGGACUCUGAGGUACAUCAAAGGCACCCUAAACAUGGGAAUUAUGUUCGGAAAAGAGUCAUUUGCCAAAGAAAUUGUUAAUGGUUGUGUGGAUUCUGAUUAUACUAGUUGUAUAGAUACAAGAAGGUCUCUCACUGGCUAUGUGUUCACUGUGUUUGGUGGCUGUGUAAGUUGGAAAUCAACACUGCAAAAGGUUGUGGCAUUAUCUUCAACAGAAGAAGAAUAUAUGGCUGCCACUGAAGCAAUGAAAGAGGCACUAUGGUUGAAGGGAUUCACUAGUGAACUUGGGCUCAACUAUGAUGAUAUAACAGUGCACUGUGACAACCAAAGUGCACUUCAUCUCAUGAAAAAUCCUAUGCAUCAUGAGAGGUCUAAACACAUAGAUAUAAGGCUGCACUUCAUCAGAGACAUAGUCACUAGCAAUCAGGUCCAUGUCAAGAAAAUCAAUACAGAUCACAACCCUGCUGACAUGCUUACCAACCUUGUUCUUGCACAGCAGGGAGCAACCUCAAUGCUUUUGUAG